GACAGAAUGUGUAUUUCUUAUAAAUCACAAUAUCAUAAAAGCCUUGGCUACUCCUCAGUUGGCUAACCUUACCAACUCUGUGUGCCAGCUCUUACAGAUGAGAAGUGACUCACCCAGUGACACGACCAAAGGCAAGUGACAGAAUCAGGACUCCAGUCCAGAUUGCUUUGGCUCACAUCCAGUUGUGAUCACAUGGGUGGUCAGGGGAGGUACCUGAGGCGCCGGGCCAUUGGUCAGGGAGUAUUUCACAGGGGACCCAGCCAGAAAGAGCAGGCCCAGCAACCGGUUCGAAUAGCCAGUGAGUCGUCCCCUUAACUGGUUCCUUGCCAUUGUUUUAUGUGUUACUCUGAUUUUUGUUUGAAGGGUCUGCUGAGUCCAGAACGAUGUCUGGGGAACUUCCACUAAAUAUUAACAUCAGGGAACCUCGAUGGGAUCAAAGCACUUUUGUUGGACGAGCCAAUCACUUCUUCACCGUAACGGAUCCCAGGAAUAUCCUGUUAACCAACGAACAACUGGAGAGUGCAAGGAAAAUUGUGCAUGAUUACAGACAAGGAAUUGUUCCUCCAGGCCUUACAGAAAAUGAACUAUGGAGAGCAAAGUACAUCUACGAUUCAGCUUUUCAUCCUGACACUGGCGAAAAAAUGAUUUUGAUAGGAAGAAUGUCAGCUCAGGUUCCAAUGAACAUGACCAUCACAGGUUGUAUGAUGACAUUUUAUAGGACCACGCCGGCGGUGCUAUUCUGGCAGUGGAUUAACCAGUCCUUCAAUGCCGUGGUCAAUUACACCAACCGCAGUGGAGACGCCCCCCUCACCGUCAAUGAAUUGGGAACAGCAUAUGUUUCUGCCACAACUGGUGCUGUAGCAACGGCUCUAGGACUCAAUGCGUUAGCCAAGCGUGUCUCACCACUCAUAGGACGCUUUGUUCCCUUUGCUGCUGUAGCUGCUGCUAAUUGCAUUAAUAUUCCAUUAAUGAGGCAAAGGGAACUCAAAGUGGGCAUUCCUGUCACAGAUGAAAAUGGCAACCGCCUGGGCGAGUCGGCCAAUGCUGCCCAACAGGCCAUCACCCAAGUAGUGGUCUCCAGGAUCCUCAUGGCAGCCCCAGGCAUGGCCAUCCCUCCGUUUAUCAUGAACACUUUGGAAAAGAAAGCCUUUUUAAAGAGGUUCCCGUGGAUGAGCGCACCUAUUCAAGUUGGACUUGUUGGCUUCUGCUUGGUGUUUGCUACACCUCUGUGCUGUGCUCUGUUUCCUCAGAAAAGUUCCAUGUCAGUGACAAGCUUGGAGCCUGAAUUGCAAGCCAAGAUCCAAGCGAGCCAGCCUGAAUUACGGCGCGUCUACUUCAACAAGGGAUUGUGAGGCCGAGAAGGACGCCUCCCCGCGAUGGGCAACCCCGGCCGCAGAAACCCGGCGUAGCCCUGGAGGGGAGGACAGUCCUCGUCCAUGGGGGUUUGCCCAGGGUCGAAAACCUUUUAAAGACUCACCUUACCUUGUGGAGUCGAGCUGCUGCUGACGGCGCAGCACCUGCUGGGAGCCGGCGUCGACUUCUCUUGGCUCCUAUUCAUUGAAUCACGUUCUCAUUUACAGAAAUAUCCUCCCUGUAGCUCUGAUCAUAAUAGUUUAUCAAAAAUAAUAUCCCAAACCCCCAGCCAGGGUGUUACAAAACACCCUAGGCAUAGAAUAGGUGUUCUAGGUGUGCUCACAAAUAUUUAUUAACAGAAAGGAAAUAUGUUUAAAAUACUGAAUUUUUAUCCCACUCUAGUUUCAAACCAAGGACCUCUCAGUAGUGAUUUGGGAAACACAAACACUCUGAGGCUAGACUGCAAAAAAAUCAUGUGUAAAACUGUACAAAAAAUAAGUAUUAAGGGCAGUUUGCUUCCCGUGUGGGCAAGCCCAAAGUAGAGGAUGAAUUUUUUCUUUUGGAGGAUAAAAGUGCCCCCACUGACCUUGGGAAGGUCGUCAUACUAGACAAGGCAGCAAACCGCCCCUGCUGUCAACGGUGUGGGCCUUUGUGUCGCGGGUGGUUUCUCUGGUGGACAUUUGCAUCCUUAGAAGAUGUUAAUCUUGCACUCGUUGACUUUAUAUUCAAUUAUUUACAUCAAGUAAUCAGUAACCGAGAUGUACAAAUUUUGGAUGUAUUUUCAAUACCAAUGCCGUAUGACUGGGUUGAAUCUGGUAUGUUUGAUUUUUUUAUUAGCCGUGAAAGCACAAUUCCAGCUACCUACCUGUCUUCUCUUGUGCAUAGAGAUCUCCUUGGCUUUUAGAAAGACACAGAAAUAAUGUUUGCCAAUCAUGACUCCUUGAAUUUUACUAGAAUGUUGUGUAUUAAUCACAGUCCACCUGUUAGAAAAUAAGGACUCCAUGGACCACCAUUUACAUCAUCUGUAGUAAUUUCACAAGUAAUAUACUUACUGUAACAGAUUUUGUGUCAAGUCUGUAGUUGUCCAAAGAAAUAUGCAAGGUGGUGGUUAUCACCGAGCUAGACCAGGAGAUUCUAUUGUAAUUCAGAGACUUGUAAGUGAUAACAAUGUAGAAACUAGUUUUAACAGAUUUUUCUUGAUAAUGUGACCAGGCUGAAUUUCCUCAUAAAGAAAAAAUGGCGUGCCUUGUGUCUGUGUUUCUCUUUUCUCUGCAAGGAUUCAUGGAUCGGAAACUGGGGCCACUCUGAGCCUUUCUUUAUACUGCCAGAAUUUUCCCUCUUAGAUUUUCUGUCUUAAACUAAUCGGACCAAAGUAGCUUCCCCGUGGCUUUCUGGCCUUGGAUACAUUCUGUUGCCAUAGAUGUUUCUCAUUUUAAAAAGUGAUUUAAAAAAGCCUGGCAUUCAAGGCAGAUCUCCAUUGAGGUACUUACAGAGAACUUCUAACAAGAAACUAAAGCAUUUGAGGCCCCCUCUUCCCCUGCCCCAGCUAGUCUCAGAAUUGUUAGCCUCCUCUCCCCACUAUAUUGGUAACUCUAUUCCAGAAUCUUCACCUUCACUGAAUGAUGAAUGACUGGUGGAAGAUAGACAAAACUCUCCAAAAUUGCAUGCACACCAGGAAGAUAGGAUGACAGCAUUGUCAUAAAAAAGGGCAAUGAACAUGGAGAUGUGUCUUUUUAAUAUUAUUUCCUGAUGCCUCUGACUCUUGCUGCUUUAAUAUAGAAAUAAUAACUAUAGUUUAAUCAUGGCAUAUAAAAAAAGAACAAAAGAACCAAGAUUGGCAAUCUUUGCUGAUCUCUUAGAAAUACCUUUUCUGGAGAAAAGUCCAAAUAAAGUGCAAUAAGCUUGUAAAAGUAAUUAGUUCUUAAUAUUUCUAUUCCCAUGACAUCAGGAAUCAUGACUAUAAGCAUUUACUCACUGGUAGUUUUUAUUUCAGUAUUAGUGUCUUGCCAGUGUUGGAAUCUGUGUUGUUUCAGUUCAACUGGAUGAAAUGUUAAAUAAACUCAGACUGAAAGUAAAUUCUCUUUCAUUUGUAUGUAAAGGGUGAUGUAGGUUUUAUGUUACAGUGGAUGGCACCUUCCAGGUACUAAGGUACCUGGCUACCAUUGGUAACUCCUAAAGAGUAUUUUUGUUUUAUUUUUAUUUUUUUAUUGAGUUAAUACUGGUUUACAACACUGAUUAUGAUUUAGGGGAAUAAGUUCACACCUCAGGAAGAGCAUUUUUGUAUUAUGACUUUAACAGAAAAUAUAUUUCUAGUUUUGACUACCAGUCUUCCACCUUCUGAAAGACCAAAGAGGACCCCCCUCCUCCCCCACACAGUAUAAUUUCAGGAAAUUAAUUAUGAGCAAAGUGGGGGAAAUGUAAUUCUACUUUAGACCCUGAAGAUGAACCAUUGUACAUGGUGGUGAGAUCAAUAUGCUUUCACAUUGUUUGCCAUAGUUCACAGUGAAAACCUCAACCGAAGGUUGGGGAGUGUCUUGUUAACAGACUUAAUAAAGAACUGAGCAUUUCAACCUUU